UUAAUGAAAAAGUUGAAGAACAAAAUAGUUCUUUAAUAUUAACUGAUAAAGUUAACAAAAAAAAGAAAACAAAAAGAAUUAAAAGAGAAAAAUUUAAUUCUGAUGAAUUGAAAAAAUAUCUAAAAAUGAAAAAUUGGGCAUUAGUUAAUGAAGUUAAUUAUCAAGCUCUUAUUCGCACUUACUCAGAUUAUAAUGAAUGUUUAGAAGCUAUAAAGAUAUUAAAAAAAAUUUUUGUUACAAAAAAUGAGAUUUAUACUGAAAUUGAAAAUAAGUUUUCAAAAAGUAGAUCAAAUGAAUUAUUUAAAGAAAUCAAAGAUUUUAAAAAGAAUGUACUUUUUUGGGCAAAAAAAAAUGCUUUAAUAGAUUACGUAAAUCUGAAGAAAAAAUUAAUGAUGAAAUAG